AAGAGCAAACCACCGGCACAGUUUGCAGAUUCAAAAAUGAAUACAAGAAAAAAAGAAAAAGGGAAAACUAGCAGCAAGGGUUUUUUUGGUUUUUAACCAUCGUUUGGUUCAUCAUCAUUUAAAUAUCUCAUACAAGAAGAAUUUUCUUCACCCUUUUAAAGACAUUUUAAUGUAAUACAGGUGUGUAAAACUCAUUUUUAUUUCAGGCUACUUAAUAGUUAUGGUUUUCCUCAGUGGGUUUGCUAUAUGACUGGGAAACCUGCGUUUCAUUGUUAUUGCACACUGCGUAUUCUUAACAACAAAUUGCAUUUUAAAUCAGAAGUCAUGGAAAAUAGUGACAAGUUGCCAAACUUAAAUACAGGCUGGCCCAAAAGUCACUAUUUCAUAUUUCAUUCGGACCGAACGAUACCCACAAUUACAUAAUAAAGGUGUACAAACCUGUACUAUUGUUUGAUUUCUAUUAAGGAUGGAUUUGGUGAAAAAGGAAAAUGCAAUUUUGGCCAAGAUAUUUGAGCCAAAAUAAAAAGGAACAAAUCCAUUUGGCAAGAAACAGGAAGUUUGACACAUUCGAGUGUGCUGGUGUACGUAAUGAAAUGUUUAAUGCAUGAAAACAUGACUUACAUUUUUUUUUGGGGGGGGGGGACCUGAUUGAUUCAUUUGAAUAUUGCUCUCUCGGUGAGUUUGGGAGGUUACUGCAGGACGUGGUGAAAUCUCUUGUUUUCCAGGGCCCAUCCCCUUUAACAUGACACCCUCCUCCCCUUUAAGUCCCAACUUUGCAGCUCCGCUACUCGAGUUAAGUAUUUCAUUUUUUUUCCUUUUCGCCCCCCUCCUGUGAUGAUCAUGCGCACAACCUCCUCAUAGCACCGUGUUUAUUUCUUGGAUCCGUGCGGAGGGACUCGCCAUGACGCGCGGCGUCCUCGUCGCUCUGCUGUGGCUGCUGUCCGGCUUGCGCACGCCCUCCCUGGGCUACUUCGCCGAGGAGCGCUGGAGCCCCGAGUCUCCUCUGCUGGCUCCCCGGGUCGUCCUCGCCCUCAUCUGCCGCAACUCGGAGCACUCGCUGCCCUACGUGCUGGGAGCCGUGGAGCGGCUCGACUACCCCAAGGAGCGCAUCGCCGUGUGGGUGGCGACUGAUCAUAACGAGGACAACACCACGGCUAUCCUGCGUGAUUGGCUCGUCAAUGUGCAGAAUCUUUAUCAUUAUGUGGAGUGGAGGCCCAAAGAGGAGCCCAGGCACUACGAGGACGAAGAGGGUCCCAAGGGAUGGCCGGACCCCCGUUACGAGCACGUUAUGAAGCUGCGGCAAGUUGCGCUGGAGUCAGCCCGUGAGAUGUGGGCCGACUACUUCAUGUUGAUGGACUGCGACAACCUGCUCACCAACACGAACGUCCUCUGGAGUCUCAUGAGCGAGAAUAAGACGGUCAUCGCUCCCAUGCUGGAUUCCCGUGCGGCCUAUUCCAACUUCUGGUGCGGAAUGACCAGCCAGGGCUACUACAAGCGCACCCCGGCCUACAUGCCCAUGAGGAAGCGUGUGCGUAAGGGCUGUUUUGCAGUGCCAAUGGUGCACUCCACCUUCCUGAUCGACCUGCGGAAGGAGGCGUCCAGGCAGCUGGCCUUCCACCCGCCGCACCCGGAGUACAACUGGGCCUACGACGACAUCAUCGUGUUCGCCUACUCCGCUCGGAUGGCAGACGUGCAGAUGUUCGUGAGCAACCGAGAGACGUACGGCUACAUCCCCGUGCCGCUGCGCGCUCACAAUACGUUGCAAGACGAGGUCGAGAGCUUUAUGCAUAUCCUGCUGGAGGCUAACGUGCGACAUCCCCCGGUGUUGCCGUCCAAUAACAUUCCUGCUCCCUCCAAACAACCAGACAAAAUGGGCUUUGAUGAGGUUUUCAUGAUCAACCUCCGGAGGCGUAGUGACCGCAGGGAGCGCAUGCUGAGAGCUCUCUACGAGCAGGAGAUUGACUGCAAGAUCACUGAGGCGGUCGAUGGAAAGGCGUUGAAUAUCAGUGAUGUUCAGGCUAUGGGCAUCCACAUGCUCCCCGGGUACAACGACCCUUAUCACGGCCGCCCACUCACCAAAGGGGAGCUGGGAUGCUUCCUUUCGCACUACAACAUCUGGAACGAGAUUGUAGAGCGCGACCUGCUGACCUCUCUGGUGAUCGAAGACGACCUGCGCUUCGAGGUCUUCUUCAAGCGCCGUCUCAUGUACCUGAUGAGCGAGAUUGAGGACGAAGGGCUCGACUGGGAUCUCAUCUACAUCGGCCGCAAGCGAAUGCAGGUGGAGCGCUCGGAGAAAGCGGUGGCCAACGUCCAUAACCUGGUGGAGGCCGACUAUUCCUAUUGGACUCUGGGUUACAUGAUAUCCUUGCAAGGAGCCGAGAAGCUGCUACGAGCCGAGCCUUUAAAGAGGGUGCUGCCAGUGGACGAGUUUCUACCCAUCAUGUACAAUAAACACCCAGUGUCCGAUUACAUGGAGCAGUUCGAGACGCGCGACCUUAAGGCCUUCUCGGCGGAGCCCCUCCUGGUGUACCCCACCCACUACACGGGCGACUCGGGCUACAUCAGCGACACGGAGACGUCCACCGUGUGGGACAACGACAAGAUCCGCACGGACUGGGACCGAGGACGCUCGGGCAAAACUCACGAGCAGGCCCGGCUCAGCACCGAGGCCCAGAACUCGGACGUGCUGCAGUCGCCGUUGGACAGCACGGCGCGGGACGAGCUCUGAGACCAACUCUGUCCCCCGCAACCACCAAAAGUACCCUUUCUGUUUUCAUAAUUUGACACUUUGUGCUUUGGCAUCACAGCGGGAGGAUUUGACCAAAAACAAAAAACUCAUGCUCAUCGAAAAUGCACUAGACUUGCCACCUUGGGAUGGCAUUUGCAGUACCCGGCACGUGUCUGUCAUACAGAAAAGAAGCUUUCUAUCUUUCGUUGUCCUGAGGUGACGUUACACUGUGAAAAGCGGAAGAUGAAUCUAGUAAAUGGCUUGACGCGU